CGGGAAAACUGCAGCUCUGCAAAUUUGGCGCGAGAGCGGCCUGGCUUGGCUUGGCUUGGCUACCUCCGUGUGUAAGUUUAUUCUGGAGCUUGUCGUGGAGAGUCCCUGAAGCUGCGUCGUUGAGACGUGAGAAAGAGCCGGCAGUGUGGGAGCGCAGCCCUGUGAGGUGUUGUGUUGCCAUCAUGCCUCAAACCCGAUCCCAGUCACAGGCUACAAUCACUUUUCCAAAAAAGAAGCUGUCUCGGAGAUUGGACAAAGCUAAAAACUCCAGUGACACCAACCUAGAACUGACAAAUGUGCAGGCCAUACCCCAUUCACCUUGUGUAAAAACACUGCCUCUCAGCCCUAGAAAACGGCUGGGUGAUGAUAACCUAUGCAACACUCCCUACUUACCACCCUGUUCUCCACCAAAGCAAGGCAAAAAAGAGAAUGGUCCCCCUCACUCACAUAUACCUAAGGGGCGCAGAUUGGUAUUUGACAAUCAGCUGACAGUCAAGUCUCCUGGCAAAAGAGAACAAGCCAGAGUUCAUCAAAACAAAAUACGUUCCUCAGUUCGAAAAGGUCAGGAGAUAACAACAAAUUCUGAGCAGAGAUGUCUGCUGGAGAAAGAAUCUGCAUGUGUGAGACUAUUCAAGCAAGAAGGCACUUGCUACCAGCAAGCAAAGCUCGUCCUCAAUACAGCUGUUCCAGAUCGGCUGCCUGCCAGGGAAAAGGAGAUGGAUGUCAUCAGGAAUUUCCUGAGGGAGCACAUCUGUGGGAGAAAAGCUGGAAGUCUUUAUCUUUCUGGUGCUCCUGGAACUGGAAAAACUGCCUGCUUAAGCCGAAUUCUGCAAGACCUCAAGAAGGAACUGAAAGGCUUUAAAACUACCAUACUGAAUUGCAUGUCCUUGAGGAAUGCCCAGGCUGUGUUCCCAGCUAUUGCUCAGGAGAUUUGUCAGGAAGGAGUAUCCAGGCCAGCUGGAAAGGAGAUGAUGAGGAAACUGGAAAACCAUAUGACUGCAGAGAAGGGCCCCAUGAUUGUGUUGGUGUUGGACGAGAUGGAUCAGCUGGACAGCAAAGGACAGGAUGUAUUGUACACACUGUUCGAAUGGCCAUGGCUAAGUAAUUCUCGAGUGGUGCUGAUCGGUAUUGCUAAUACCCUGGAUCUCACAGACAGAAUUCUGCCGAGGCUUCAAGCUAGAGAAAAAUGUAAGCCACGGCUGUUGAACUUCCCACCUUAUACCAAAAAUCAGAUAGCCACUAUCUUGCAGGAUCGUCUUAAUCAGGUAUCUAGAGAUCAGGUUCUGGACAAUGCUGCAAUUCAGUUCUGUGCCCGAAAAAUCUCUGCUGUUUCAGGAGAUGUUCGCAAAGCACUAGAUGUUUGCAGGAGAGCUAUUGAAAUUGUAGAGUCAGAUGUCAAAAGCCAGACUAUCCUCAAACCACUGUCUGAAUGUAGAUCACCCUCCGAGUCACCGGUUCCCAAGCGGGUUGGUCUUAUUCAUGUAUCCCAAGUCAUUUCAGAAGUUGACGGUAACAGAAUGACUUUGAGCCAACAAGGAGCCCACGAUUCCUUCCCUCUUCAGCAGAAGAUCUUGGUGUGCUCUCUGCUGCUCUUGACCAGACAGUUGAAAAUGAAAGAGGUCAUGCUGGGGAAGUUAUAUGAAGCCUAUAGUAACGUCUGCCGCAAACAGCAGGUGGCAGCUGUGGACCAGUCUGAGUGUUUGUCACUUUCGGGGCUCCUAGAGGCCAGGGGCAUUUUAGGAUUAAAGAAAAACAAGGAGAGCCGCUUCACAAAGGUGUCUUUGAAGAUAGAAGAGAAAGAAAUAGAGCAUGCUCUGAAAGACAGAGCUUUAGUUGGAAAUAUCUUAGCUACUGGACUGCCGUAGUCUUUUAUACUACUACUCCACUUGAAAGUAUCCGGCUGGCACUGAGAGACCUGUGAAGUUUUCAUUUUAGAACUUCACACGUUCAGGUCUGGAAACAAAUUUGACCUUUUUUACUUGAAACUGAUCAAUUUUAAUCUAUAGAUUCAUGAAUAUUAGGACAGAAUAGUAUCUUUGGGUCUUAUUAUUUUUCUGCAUUAAAAAUUCCAAAUAGACCCUUUUAAAAUAUACUCACUACCUCUAUCACUUGUGUGUCUCUAACCAAUAUGCUUGCAAGAAUACACGUUUAUGUUGUGGAAUGUUUAUACAUUUACCUCUUAUUUCCCUCCAACACUGAUAUAUUAAAGAACUUUGGGGCUGGAGUAAGAAGAAUGAAAAAGGUUGAUCCAGAAAAAUAAGCACGUCCACAUGGAGAUUUGGAGGACACUUUGAUCAAAGAAUUUCUUUAUUUUUGGAGUACACUCUGUUCAUGUUGCUGUUGCUCCCCUAUUGUGGCAUUUUAAAGACUGAGUUUCCUGAGCAUUCCCAAGGUUGUGGGGGUCGUAAGGAGACUGUAACCUAUAAAUUAUGAAAUAUUUUA